CUAUCACUUGUGUUGUCACUUAUCAGUCACUUUGAUUUAUGUUUAUCAUAGUAUAGUAUUGACUUUUGAAAAAGUAAUAAAUUUUUUCUAAUUUAAGCCUCAAGCUUGAUGUUAUUGUAAAUUGGAUGGAAUUGAUGCAUACUUAUGAACAUUAAAAUAACCAAAUCGAGUGAACACCAUACUUGUGUACUACAAAUAUAUUUAUUUUCCCCAGAUCUUGAUUCCAUAUAGAUGGAUCCCAAGGAAGUUGUCGAACAUUUAGUAGCCUUAAAAGUUAUGAGGUUAACGAAACCGGCAUUAAUAUGUCCAAAAAUUGUAACGUGCGACUCCAAAGAUUUACCAGGGAAUAUCUUGAAUAACUACUUAAAAGAUGAUGCUACAUCUGUUACUCAAAUGGAAACAAUUGCAGCGGGGCAGUUUCUACUACUACCACAGAGUUUUGGUAACAUAUACUUGGGUGAGACAUUUUCUUGUUAUGUUUGUGUCCACAAUGAAACCAACCAACCAGUGCAAAGUGUUUCCAUAAAGGCUGACCUGCAGACAAAUUCUCAGAGAAUACCCCUUACUACACAAAGUCAAUCCCCUACAAUGCUGGAUGUAGAUGAGACAUUAAGUGAUGUUAUACAUCAUGAGGUGAAGGACCUUGGAACACAUAUAUUGGUGUGUGAAGUGACCUAUAUGUCAAAUUAUAAUACUUUAGCAUCCUUUAGAAAAUUCUUUAAGUUCGAAGUCAUGAAACCAUUAGAUGUGAAGACAAAGUUUUAUAACGCAGAAUCUGAUGAUGUGUACCUUGAAGCACAAGUGCAGAACAUAACUUCGGGAGCAAUCACACUAGAGCAAGUCUCAUUAGAAAGUUCCCACCAAUUCAUAGUGAAAUCACUUAAUGAAUUUGAUAAUGGCAAAUCUGUAUUUGGUGAUAUUACUUUACUACAACCACAAGAGAGCUGCCAGUACUUAUACUGCCUUACUCCUAAAGAGAACAUUUCUAAGGAAAUUAAAUUGUUAGCUGCUGCUAAGAAUAUUGGUAAAUUGGAUAUUGUUUGGCGGUCUAAUUUAGGUGAAAAAGGCAGACUGCAGACAAGCCAGUUACAGCGGAUGACUCCUGAUUAUGGUGACAUUAGAGUAACAUAUGACAGUCUGCCUAGUAAAGUCUUAGUAGACGAACCUUUCACCUUUGUUUGCAAUAUAGUCAAUGCUAGUGAUAGAACACUAAAUUUAAUCCUCAAACUGCGUUCUUUACCUGAUUCAAGCUUGCUUUGGUGUGGAAUAUCAAACAGAAAAUUAGGUCCAUUGGAGCCUGGAAAAUCAGUCUGUUUAAAUUUAACAGCUCUUCCAAUCAAUACUGGAUACCAUAGUAUCACUGGUAUUUCUUUAGUUGAUUUAUUUUUAAAGAGAACCUAUGAUUAUGAUGACUUGGCAUCUGUUUAUAUACAUUAUUAAAAUAAUAAUAUUUUAUGGUUUACCUAAUGAUAAAUUCUAGUGACAGACUAAAUUGCCUAUAAUUUUAUUAUAACAUUGUCAGUUAGAAAUAUUAUUCGCUAUCACAAUAGAUAUAAAAAUUGUAUCCUCACACUUUACAUCCUUGUAUCUUCAUGAUGUGAUAAACAACAAUAAAUAUUUAAUAUA